AUUCCUCGAUUUUGGUGCGUGAAGAGUGAAUAAUUGUCGAUCCAUACAGGGGGGGAGGGGUAAUGAUCAGUGAAAAAUCCAAGUGUAGCGUCGCUCUCUCGAUUGUUACAAGGAAAAGGGGCAGACGGGGAACGCCGGGGGUACACGUUGGUCACGUGACACUAGCUGCGUUUUGAGCGCACUAAACCGAGAUUGUAAAUAGCAAGUGUACAUAGGUGUGAUAGGCCUGAGGGGGUGAUUUAGUUAAGGUCUGCAGGGGAAAAUAGCCAUUUUCGUCACAACCUGACCGGCGGAAAUAAACUUGAAUCAUGAGUUCCGACAACAAAUCGUUGGUGUCCUCCGGUGGGAGAGGCUCCAACAAGAGUAAAUCAUCUCAGCAACAUGGUAAAUCAGAUCAGCAUCAUUCGAAGAUCACAGACACUGCUAAGCAUGACAAAGGACAGUCAAAGGAUCAAUCGAAGCAUGCACAAAUAAUCGACACUCGAUCGGGGGUGAGCGAGGAUCCAGCGGUGAAAGAACGGAUAAAGCAAGCGAUGGAGGUAACUCGUCGUACGGAGGACCAAGUGAUAAUGGCCCUCCACGACAGUGACUGGGACUUUGAUCGUGCUGUGAAUGACCUGCUGGAGGGUGUGUCGGCGGAGUGGGAAGUGAAGAAGAAGAAAGCCCGCCAGCCAGGUGGUUCAAAGCCCACGACGGAUCAGCCAACCGAUCACGAGGAGACAACUGACUGGGAGGAGCGGCGUAAUCAGCGAGGUGGAGGUCCUCCACGCCUGAGGGGUCGUGCCAAUCACGACAAUCGUGGCUGGCGUGGACGUGAGAACAAGGAGAACGAGCGCAACAUGGAGGAUAAUGUGCGUGAGGGUGGUUACAGUGGUGGUAGACGAGGUGGUAGAGGUGGACCAGGAAGAUCAGGUCGUGGUGGUCGUGGUGGUGGACGAGGCCUCGGGCCACGUACCUUUGCCAACCGAGGGGAUUCGGCAUCAUCCUCAGCUGCCCACAGUUUCAACCGUCCAAUUGACACCUGGACAGGCAGUGAGGAGCAGCAGCAGAGUACCCAGGAGCCAAAGAUCGAUCCCUGGAGCAAUCUGGAGCCAUCAGAGGACUGGGAGGCAGAAGAGUACACUGGCUCCCUUGCUGACACCAAGGUUUUCACCCCCAGUACAGCAAUGGGUGAUCAUCCCACUGAGGAGAUCAAAGUGGAGCAGCCUCUGGUUUCUCAAUCCAUUCAGCAACCCAACCUUGGCAUCACGGAGGAGCCCAAGCUCACAGAAACACCACUUCAUCAGCAACAGGCCCCUCUCCUCCAGCCCCAGAGCCAGGCACAACAGCAACAACCACAAGUCCUAGGAAUGCCCCAAUUACAGAUGUCCCAAGCUAGCACUGUGGGCGGUGGUGUUCUCACUGCUGCCCAAAGCCAGUAUCUCACCCAAUUGACUCAACAGUCAUCUGAAAACUACAAAACCCCCUCUGCAUUCACCUCAAUCGGAAUAACCAGCCAAUCUCAGAGGCCAGCUAAACAACGGCCACGUGUUCCUCCACCCUCGAAAAUUCCAUCGAGUGCUGUUGAAAUGCCUGGGGAUGUUAAUAGUAGUAUAGACUUCCUAGACGUGCAAUUUGGAAAUAUGGAGUUUGGAAGUGAUACUGGGAAUAUUGACAGCACAACCACUGAUAAGUAUAACUCGUCAGCUACUAGUAUCUCGGGGAUUGAUGUUACUUCCAGUGUUACAUCGUCCGGUGUUAAUUCAACAACUAAUUCCAAUUCACUGGACAUUGAUACAGCACAACAGAGCAGUUAUAAUGCAUCGUCCCAGAUUGUUCCAUCGCCGAAUAAUCCAAGUGUUGGGUAUGGCAACAGUGGAUCUGCUACCACGACGUAUUCACAGAAGAAUUCUUAUCAGUCAUCGAAUCCACCGAGUUAUAAUUACUCGUCCAGUGGUACUCAGUCUGCGCAGUCUUAUCCAUCUUCAACUGGUGGAAGCAAUAAUUACACCACCACAACAACGCAGUCUGGCUACAGUGGAACUUCGGCGUAUCCUCAGUCCAAUCCAUCGACAUUCAGUCAGGCUUCACCAGCUGCUCCGUCAUCAUCGAGUGCUUCUGGAUAUAAUCAGGCCGCUAGCUCCAAUCAGGUGUACCAGUCCAACAGCUUUGUACCUACAACUACUGGGCAGUAUCAAUCUACACCGCAAUCUACUAAUGCUGGAUCCAAUAACAGUUAUCAGGGGACUAGCUAUCAGAGCUCUUCGAGCUUUCAGAGCACUCCACAGGCCUAUCAAACGUCUGGUACUACUUUCACUUCACCGAUCACUCAGGGUAGCAGCAGUGCUUAUCAAAGUGCACAUUCUGUAUACGGCGGUGGUUACGGAAAUUACAGUACUCAGCCCCAAGCGACUUCACACAAUCACACAAAAUUGAACAGUGGCUCGAGCAAGGAUUCGCAGUAUGAUAACAAUGCAACGACGAGCAGUGGGUCCCUGGCGACAACCAGUGCGCCAUCCUUGGGUCUUUCAUCAGCCUCUGUCAAUAGCUCACAAACUAAAGUGACUAGUUCAAAUGCAGUGCCAAAAAGCACAUCCAGUGGCAGUGCAGUGUCAGGUGCCAGCGGGACUGGAAGCAUAACAGGAAGUGGAGCAGGUGCUGCUAGCAGUAUGACGCCGAUGCUGGGCCAUCAGUAUAUUAUGGGACAAGGUGUACCUUAUGCCUUCCAACAGCCCAUGUACAGUUUCGAGGAUCUCCAGCUCAUGCAGCAGAGAAUACCCCACAUGCCAACUACUGGUUACUAUGACGCGGCACUCGGCUAUCAGACGACUGGUCCAGCUACGAGCCUUGGAGGUGGACGAAGUGACGCCCUGUCCGGUGUUCAAGGAGUUCAGGGGGUUCAAGGUGUUCAGGGUGCCUACACUAGUAUGAGCGAUGGAAGGUUUGCAAGGAACGACAGCAACGCAUCGCCUGUGCCUUCUACCAUGUCACAGCAGACCGCGUCGCAGCAUCAGCAGCCAAUGAUGAAUCCAACACUGCCUCCAGGCUAUGCGUACUUUGCAUAUGGUGGUGGAAUAAUGCCCGGGAGUUUUCAGGCUUAUGGUGGACCUCCAAUUUAUCCACAGAUAGCUACUGCCGGAAAUGCUGGAACGAACAGUGCGGCUUACAAUGCCAAACCAGGUAGCUAUGGCUCUGGAUAUGGAGGUGGAGGAAGCUACGAUACACUCGCCAAUACCGGACCAACAGCUGAUUACAAGGGGGCUGGCAGUGGUUACACUGGGACUCAAACUGGAAAGACUGGAUCGUCCACAGGGAAUACUAACUCUGGGGCGUCUUCUGCUACUGAUAUUGGCGCCAAUAUGUACGCCAAAAGUCACGUGGCACUGAGUAAAGUCAAUUCGUAUGACAAACAGGCUUUCCAUUCGGCAACGCCUCCACCAUUUGGAUUGACGGGUAGUCAGAGUGCUGGUAUACCGGGUGGUUAUGGUGGUCCACAUUUAUUCAUCUCCACGAUGCCACACCAGCUGCAUCAGCCACUUCAUCAGGACGGUGGUAGCAGUUCUGGACAGAGAUCGAACGCUAGUUCCCAGAACAAGGCGCAGGCUAAGCCUGGCUACAGUUCAAACUACUGGACCGCUGGUAAUUAGAGCAACACGAAGAGAAUUAACUGAAGGAGUGAAUGACAAUUAACUCACGAUUCGGGGUAUAAAAUUGAGAGAAAUAAACGAAUCUGUGGGGUUUUUUUUUUGUCGAAUUGAGGACACAUACUACACAAAAAUAAAUAAAGUGGGCGGACAUGUAUACACAUUAUUAUUAAAUGGAUUGAGAAGGGGAUGAAGUAAUGAGGACCCGCUCGAAUACGCUCGAAAUCAGGAUGGUAUUUUUUUUUUUCCUCUGUCUUGUUCUUUUUUUAUAUAUAUAAAUCCAUUUAUCCUUAUUUCAAUUGCGUUGUAGAAAAUUCAAGCAUAACCCCGAGUUAUGUGUGUACAAUCUAGAGUUAUUUUAAAAAUGGAUUGGUCGUUACUGCAACGUUUUCCAUUUUUAAAAGUUAAAAAAGCAUUAAGAUUAUGAAAAAUUCUUCUUAUUUGAUACGUCAACUGAAGACUGCGGAGGUUAAACCAGCAGGAGGUCUUUUUAUUCAAUAAAAGUGAGGUCGAAAUAAUUAGAUUAUUUUCAAUCAAGUCGUGUCUUCUGUUUUUUCCACUUGAAAGAGAAUCAUUUUUCCUCGCGUUGAUACAAUA